AUGGUGCUCAGUGCAGCCGUGGAGGCCCUCACGGGGGCCAUGGCCUCCGGCUCGAGCUUCUUCAACUUUGGCGUGCUCGCCUGCAUGGGCAUCGGGCUGGCCUCGACGCUGUCGCUGGCAUCGAGGGCCCUCAUGUCGAUCUACCGGAACUACCUGCGCGGUGAGAUCGACUUCAAGAAGUUCGGGACGUGGGCGGUGGUGACGGGCGCCACGGACGGCAUUGGGAAGGCGUACUGCAAUGAGCUCGCGAAGAGAGGCCUCAAGCUGUUCAUGAUCUCGCGGACGGAAUCCAAACUCAAGGAUUGCUGCAAAGAGAUCAGCGAGAAGUACGGCGUGGAGACGGAGUACAUGGCGGUGGACUACUCCAGCGUGAGCAAGGAGACGUGGACGAAGCUGAGGGAGACUCUGAAGGCUUACGACAUCGCUUUGCUGGUUAACAAUGUGGGCACCUCCUAUGAGCACUAUGAAUACCUGCACUUCGUGGACGACAAGACCAUCGACGAUCUGAUCGAGAUCAACGUCCGCGCGACAACAGAGAUGACAAGGGCAGUUCUGCCUGGAAUGGUGGAGCGGAAGCGUGGGCUGGUUGUGAGCCUUGGCAGUGGAGUGGGAUCUGUGCUCCCUGCCAGUCCCCUCCUUGCUGCAUAUGCUGGAACAAAGGCUUACAUUGAGCAGUUAACGAAAUGCCUCGAUGUGGAGUACAGAAAGCAGGGGAUUCGCUUCCAAGAUCAAGCCCCAUUGUUUGUGGCAACAAAGAUGACAAAGAUCAGGAGGGCACAGCUGACGAUUCCUUCCCCCAACACCUGGGUCGCCGGUGCAAUCAAGCAGAUUGGAUACGAGCCUCUGACAACUGGAUAUUCAGUGCACAACAUCAUGUGGGGUAUCCUUUCGAGCAUACCUGCCUCUUCCCUGCAGAAUUUCGCCCUGAAAUCUGCGGGCAAAAUGCGAGAGCGAGCUCUCCAGAAGAAGCAGAAGCAAGCGGGGAAGAAGGACUGA